AUGCAGGCCUACGAUAGUCUCGCAGCCCAUAUGGGAUGUGAGCCAGACCUUCUCAUCUUCCGUCGAUUUCUCAUCCUCCAUGUUCGAAACCUGUUGCUAUUUCAAUCUCAAAUAGUAGAGAAGGAGGCUCAGCUGAUUGAAUCCAUUGAACUAGAUCGCGGGUCGGGGAACAAAGAGAGAGAGUCCUUCGCCUCGAUGUUUAGUGCCAUGAUGAAUUCAAAUCUAGUCUUUGAGUCGCCAGAACUCAGCCAGAAAAAGAUUGCUUUGGAGCUUCGCCCCCUUUUAAAGGAUUUCGGCGAAGCAUUACUCCUUUUCAAGAAUUUGAGGGACCUUCCUCCCGUCGAACCAUUCAGCCUCAAUACGCUGCGAGUAAUCCAGCGAGGGCGUGGGCAAUCCUCCUUCCUCCAAUGGCCGGAAUCCCACAUCUGGAUCCCAGAGAACGAGCCUGAUCUGACGUCGUUGACGAGUCGCAGGAAAGAGAUGGACACUAUCUCAAACUGGCUCAGCUGGUUCCGCAUCAAAGUCUUCCACAGGUACUGGGGAUCCAGAUCAGCACAGGAGGUGCGUAUCCCCAGCAACUGGACACCAGAAUAUGCUCCGCGAAUACGUUCUUAUUCAGAAGAGUCGACCAGUGGACUUGUCAAUAUUCUGAGGACAAUCAUGGGGCCUCUUCUUACUACGACGAGUGCUUUCUGCCUCUUUUUCAUCGAUGACCCUGUCAAGCAGAUGGGCAUGGUCGUUGUAUCUAGCUUUUUGUUCAGUAUUUUGCUGGCUCUCAUUACUGUUCCUGCCAAAACGGAAACUGUCAUUGCUACGGCUACUUUUACUGCGGUGCUUGUAGUCUUUGUUGGGCAGAACGUUCAGAGCUCUCCCUGCCAG